CGGACUUGUUCAGUAUUCGACUGAGGGGGAUAAAAGUCAGUUGUCCUGCUGUGGUUUUUAGUAUAGUGAACAUGUCAUAUGUUAUGCUAGAAUAUCAUGAGUAGGUAUCAGGAUUUUUACAAUCAACAGCGAGAAUGGAAAGGAUUUUCUAAUGAACACAAUAGGAGAAGUACUUUUCGUGAUAGACGAAAAGAAAGGAGAACACAAGUGUUUGAUUUAUUUAGAGGUGACAUUGCGGCAUAUAAGCCUGAAGAAAUCAAACCAGUUUCACAAUUCACCUUUAGAGAUGCUGUUAGUAAAUUUAACAGAGAAAAGAAAAACACAGUAAUUCAGAAACCGCGUCCUUUUAUUGUUGGAACUGUAAAACAUAAAAUUCACUCUCCACCGUUUUUACAUGAAGCAUACCAAUACAAAGAACCACAAAGAAAGUUGAUAACGCAUAUACAAAAGUCAUUUGCACCAAGUAACUAUAAAUUUAAAAUCCCCAAAGGACUAACAAUAAUGAACAUGGAAACUCCUUCAAGAGUGGAAAAUCCCCUUUUAUCACCGUUUUUAUUGAAUACAGUUUGGAACAAAUUGGAUAACAAGAAUACAAAGAAAAAAGACUUUAUACAUGAUGAUAUAACACAUUGUAAUAAGACAAAACAAUUUAUGGAACCUUCAUCUCAUGAUUUUAGUACAGAAAAUGGAAAUGCUGAGCAGAAAAGCGUCAAAAGAGAACUAUGGCCAGAAGCUUCCGAUACAGAAAUAGUUUUUGGUCGAUUAAAUAUAAAAAGAAUAACAAAGUCACUCAAUAAUCAGCCUGAAGAUAAUGAAACAGUAGAACGUAACUUACCACAGAUCGAAAUCAAAGAUUCUAUGUCAUCCGAUUCAAGCGGAAAAGAUUAUGACAAAGUGAAAAUUAAGAAUUUUGAGUCCAUAGUUGAUUUAAACGUUGAAUCUAAUAUCGCAAGCACGUAUAAAUCUAUUCAAAAUCCUGAUGUAAAUACUUCUAGAAUAUUCAACGAACAUGAAAGUGAAACACCAGAUUCUAGCACACAGACUACACAAAUAGAUUGUAAAUUAUCACAAAUAUCUUCUCCCAAGACUAUUUCAUCAAACGCAAUUGAUAAUAUAGGAACUUUCAUAGAUGUAUUUGACAAAAAUUUUAAAAGCUGCAACUCAUUGUCUUCAACACUUUCAGGACAGAACUUUUUUAAAGAUAUUCCAGUGCAUUCAUUUCAAAAUUCACCUAAUGCAUGUACCUCUUCAAUUAUAUCUACUAUUCAAAAAGAUUUAAUCAAAGAAUGUUUACCUGGAUGCAUAGCCUCUAGAAUUGAAGGGGCUAAAUUACUAAAUAGUAUUGUUGAAGAAUCUCAAAGCCAACACAACGGUUUAAGAAUUAAAAAUAGUAAUAUAAUCGAAAGCGAAAAAACUUUGUCAGAUAUAGAAAGUUUAGAAAACAGGGAGAAGAUUUUGAAUUUAACUUUCACAAAAUCUUUAGGAUUCAUAGAAGAAGAUGAUGAAGAAGAAACAGUUCGAUUGAAUCUUGAAUAUUUAAAUAAAGAGCACAAAAGAGAUGAUAACUUGAAUAAUUCACCUGUUCUGAUAAGUCUAAAUUCAAGUAAUGUCAAUAAGCCAAUUGAUGAGUUCGCGAAAGUAUAUAAAGCAGAAUAUAAUACAUCAAAUUCUAAGAACCCUUCAUUAGAAAUAGAGAAUAAUGAUAAUAGUAAAGAAAUGCCAUCACUUUCGAAAAGUAAUUUACAAGAUGAUUACGCUAAUCAAACAAUUAAUGGUAUUCAGAAAAAUGUAGUUUGCCCUCGAAAAUCGUCAAAAAAUAUAAUCAAUCAACUCAUUAUCAAUCCAUUAUCUGGAUUGGUCUCUGAUCAUGACAAUCUUGAUAAGGAUGAAAAUUCGAAAUUCGAAACGCCCGUUAAAACAAUUUCAAAAAUAAUUAUUCAAUACUGCAGUUCAAAAAAAGAAGAAGAUGGUCAGUCUCAAACUCAAGAGAAUAAUGAGCUAGUAGUCACUUCAAAUUCAAUGCCAAGUAAUAGUCAAAUUCUCUUUAAGGACCAACCAACCGAAAUCAAUAACAAAUCAGUAAAUAAAAAUAACAAUAAAGAAUGCUGUGCUUCAUCAGUUAGCACUUUAACUAGGGAGGACGAAAAUGUAGGUUUAAGUAAAACUAUUGACUCGAACCCUGCAAAGUUCAUUGAUAAUAAUGAAAUUGCUGAUCAAAGUAUAAGAUCACUUGAUCCAUCUGAAAUUAACAUCGCUAUUGCCUUCCAAGCAGAGAAAGAGAAAGAUGUGACUGCAGAAACUCACCAAUUACUUGAUUCAACUGGCACAGAAAAAUCUUCCAAGUCUUACACGCCAGAGGAAACUUCACCAGUUAAUGAAAAACAAAGACAAUUAAAUAAUUCAACUGGAUUGGAUGAACCAAAGUUUGCAGUAGUCACAGACAUAGAGAAUGCGCAUACUGGUUUUGUGCAAAGUCACCAUCCUAAAAACGAGGUCGUCAUUGAUUUAACAUAUUCUCCUAUACAAUCAACUGAAAAAAAAUCAACGAAGCCGGAGUCUCAAAAGUCGGCAUUGGACUAUAAAUCGCCGUUAUUGCUUUUGUCAAAACAAAAUCGUAAUUCAAUUUUGUCAAGAUAUGACGAAAACGAUGUUGUUGACUUGAUUUCAGACGAUGAGGAGGAUUACACUUCUUUUCUAACUCGCAUUCUUCAAAAGCACGUAGAGACGUUUUGUUCACCCAAACACAGUCCAAAGAGUAGAACUCCUUUGGCAUCAGUUGGAAAUAUUCCACGAUUAUGUUUGUCUCAGACCCCACAGUCACCCGUUGCUAAUAAAAUUUACUCUCCACCGAAGAAAACUCCAAUGUUGAUUUCAGAAACUAUUCCGAUGGUGCGCGUUUCUCCAGCUCCUGGGCCAUUGGAGAUACUACACGGUACACCUCGCAAAACAUCACGAAGAGGAAAGGUGGUAAAAGAAAUUACCGAAGCAGUCGAAGUUCCAAGUCCAUUACGAGUUAUGAAUCUUAGAAACAGAAAUAUAAGCGUUUCACCAUCCCCGAACAAAAAAACUCCUCGGGUAGUUACACCCUGUAAAACACCAAUAAAAUGUAGUCUGGCGAAAGAAAUUACAGCUGAAGUAACCGAAGAUAUGGGCCAUUUACGAGUGAUGAAUUUGAGAAGUAGAAAUGUUAACGUUUCUCCAUCUCCGAAAAAAAAGACUCCUCGGAGAAGAAAAAACGAUAAGCAAUGUGCUUAACGUACAGUAAUUUUAACAAGUAAAAAUAUUUCUAUUGUAUAAACAGGAAUUUGUACAUUUUUUAUAGUGAGAAUUAUCAGAAAAAGUAUUGAAUUUAGUUAUACGAAAAUAAAUUUUUUUUUUUUAAAUUGAAUGAUGUUUUUUUAAAAAUUAACGAUAUUUUUUAAAAUUCCAUUA